AUGGAGCAACCUGCUGAACCACACGUAGUUCAGAAAGAGACGCUCGUUUCAGAAUCCACCUCAUCAGAAGAGCCAAAGUUUACAGUCGGAAAGCUAUCUUGUUUAACAGAAGUUUUCUUACCAUGUCUAUGGUUGUACGCUGCUUGCGAAGGUUCUUACGGAAACACACUAGCCCAUCUUGUAUUCAUUCUUUUGUAUGCGAUUGGUGUCAAUUCCGUUCACAAAAUGUCCACAAAAUUCCAUAGAUUACCCUGCUCUAUCAUUUUGUUCUCAUUAAUCUACUCAUUAGCAUAUUUUAUCACAGAAACGACUAUUUAUUACUUGCCGAAGAACAAAAGACCAACCAUAACAAAAGCGAUGAAAUGUUUUGAUUUCUUCGACAAUGUUGACAAAAUAAUGUUCAAAACAACAUUUGUUAUUCUCCAAAUGAUCAUUAUCUUUGUUGAUUUCAUUUAUUUAGCAAGUCGUACAACAUUUGGACUUGCGUGGUAUUCCCAGGCCCGAAUUGUCAUCAUGCGCCACGUGAUGAUCCUCAUUCGUCCACUUUUCCUAUUCACGCAGUCCGUGCUCGUUGCCUCCACGAAUUCCAUUUAUUUAACCUUUAUGCCUGUAAUUUUUGCACUCAAAAUUAUCUCAUUUUGCUUACUAUCCUGCAAUAUGCCUAAGUUUGUUAGCCAUAUCUACUGGACUUUAUAUGUUAUCGGUGAUAUUGGUUUCAUUGCUUACAAAGACCAGAGUUUCCACGGAACAGCCACAUAUGCAUGGGUUCCAAGAUGGGCUGUUGUCUCCGCUGCAGGUGUAAACCUUCUAUUAAUUGGCGCUAUCAUUGGAUGCAACAGAUACACUCAUUCUUUCCCAAUACGCUUACUAAAGAACGUCAAAGUACCCGGAUGGUUCUUACACAUUAUUCCAUACAUCGUAAUUGUUACGUCAGGCCUCUUCUGCAUAUUAGAAGACUCAUGGCAGUCAUACGGUGUUCUUGCCUUCGCCAGCUUCACGUCAUUGUUCGGCGUUGACUUCCUACAACGCUCCUCCCGCUUCGUUUUGACAGCAAUGGCCGGUGUUUACUGUGGUCAGACGUUAUAUUUCUACAUUAAGAAGCAGCCAGGCUUCCAUCCGAAAUACAACUUCAUUAUAUGCGUAUUACAAGCCAUAUCUGCUGUAUUUGUCCACUGUACAUCAAGCAAAAAGGUUAAUCUUGAUAAUGAAUCUCCAGAACCAGAACACAAGUGGAUGAAUAAGAUCAUUCAAAGCGUUAUCGUUACAAUAUUCCUUGGUAAUGUUAUUCUUAACGCGAUCUUCUCUUCAAAGUUCAAUUUCUUAACAUAUGAUAUUCCAUUAGCCUUUAUCUUACUUCUUAUGAUCUUUAAGCUCUUUUACAGAUGGGCAUGGACAAUUCUCAACUUAAUUACAUUCGCUUCAACUUCUAUUUACUUCAUUGCUCCAUUAUUGAAGAAACCAUUGAAUAUUCCAUGGUUAUUCGAUGGAUCAGUUACUACAGAGCCAAGAAACAUGCUUUCUAAAGUAUGGCCGUUCUUAAUUCUCUUCCUUCUUACUGCAAUUCAGAGAUAUUACUACAGACCACCUCCAAAGAUCGUUAUCAAGUUCUCCAAGACUGUUGGUGUCUUCCUCGCAUUAUGUUUGUCAUGCAUUUACAUUGAUAACUCCAUCUUUACUGUUUUAUAUCAAUUAUUGAUCGUUGCGAACCUCUUUUUAUACAAAUGGAACUAUGUUUUGAUGGUUAUCAACACUAUUCUUACAUCAUUACAGAUCGUUGUCCUCGCAGCGUUCGGCUAUGAUGAAAUUAAGAACAAAUUUACGAAUUCUGGCUUUUACUUCAAGUUCUUUGGUAUCCAGACAAAGCCAGAUGUCAUCAAAGACCAAAUGAGCCCCAUCAUCAUCCUUAUUAUGUACACUUUCUUCGGAUCAAUCGCGAGAAAAUAUGAUACAACGGAAGAUGGCAAGAUUCCUAAAUGGAUAACACUUAUAAUCGAUAACUGUUGGGCCAUUAUCCUCAAAUUCUCAUUCUACUUCUUCUGGUCCGCGAUCUUUUUGAUGGUCAUCGUAUCAAAGGGUGUUUCCAUCGUUGGUGCUGUCAUGCUCAUGGUUCUUGGUAUCGUGAAAGUCUUAGGCUGCAGAACGAAACAAAUUGGUGUUGUAUUAUACGCUAUAUUUAUUAUAGAUGUAUUAUUUGUAACAACGGUCGCUAUUGUCAAUGCUCCUGAGAAAGUUACAAAGGUUGUCAACCUCAUUGGCCCACUUUGCGAUACAGUUCUUGCCAAAUUUGCGAAUGUUUUAGUUUGUUUAUGCGCAUUCAUCAACAUGAGCCACUUCGAUACGAAAGAGAUCCAUCCAAUCAUCACAAACAUCGGUGAUUGCUUGGCUUCCAUCUUGAUUUCCGGUGUAGAAUUCACAUUAGUUGUCAUGGCCAUACAAGAAAACAACAUUUUGAACAUCUUUGGUGUUGUUUUGGUCUUGAUCAUCCUUUUGCACCCAAGAAUGUCGUUAAGAGGUGCAAGAAUCAUAACAAUUAUUUUGAAUUUUGUUUUAGGAUAUGUUUUAGCACUUCUCAUUGUCAAAUUCAACAAGCAUAACACAUGGUAUGACUACUUGUUGUUGACAAAUAUCAAGAUGAUCGAAGUCUUCUACAUAUUCUUGACAAUGUUCGCUUUUUCACUUUUCUGCGAAUUCGGAACCCUCAAUGUAUCAGUUGGCCGAUCAUUCUUAACAGCCUACUUCCCAAUGAUACUCUCCGUGGCCGCAACUGUCAUAUCUUUCUAUGCUCAUACUUAUUUAACGAUGGUUCACACAAUAAUGCUCUGUGUCAACCUUCUCUUCUCAUUCUACACCAAUGACUUCCAUUUGCGAUCGUUCACUGUUGUUAUUUGGUACGCAUUUGCCAUCAUAUUAAUCAAAUCUCUCAGACCAUUGAGAUUUAUCCCACAAACCAACUCUGUGUUCGAUCAAGCGAUGGGUACAAUGAAAGCGGACAACCUCCAAUGGUGUGUAUGCUUCUGGUUGGAGUUCUUAUUAAAAUGUUGCUUGGAUUCUCCACUUUACAACGAAGUCCACGCGAAAGAACUCAAGAGAGCGGAGUUCAGAAGAAACAGAGCUCACAUUAUUGAAGAAAUGUUUGAAAUCGAUCACAAGUAUUGCGAUCAAAACUUCAAACACACAUUGGAAGUCCUCAAAUCUGGCAUUGUCAACUUGAAUUAUACAGAUGGAAUGGAUGUCGAUGCUGAUUUGAUCAAAUUCUCUUCAAGUAGAGAUCCAAUUGAAGAAAACAAAGAACAGCAGAAGAAAGAAGAAGAAAAACCAAACGAAGGAGAAGAAAAUCCUGUAGGUCCAGAUGGAAAUCCUGAUCAACCUCCAAUGAGUGCAACGAAACAGUUUUACAUGACAAUAUUAAAGUUCGUUUUGAUGUGUCUUAAAACUGCAUUUUUGUGGGUUAUUGACAAACUGAUUGUUUUAGUCAGUAACUUCACAGACAUCAAUUUAGAACCAGGUGUUCACACACAGUUCUUAGAAAGAUUAAGAGACAUGAUGAAUGAAAUGGUUGAAACAUUUGUUAACACUAAUGUUUUGACAAUUCCUCAAGCAUAUUCUGGUUUUGUUCAACAGAUUCCGAUGAGUUAUUUAUAUCAUUUCCAGAUAUUCCAUAAAUUACAGAUCAAAACAAUUGAUGAAAAGAACAGAUUCCCAUUGUUUUAUCAUUACGUGAAAUUAUGUUCAAGACAGUUUAUUCCUGCAUUGUUAUUAGCAAUGUGUUUCUAUUAUCCUAUGGAAGAAAGAUCAAUUUUCGCAUUGUUUAUGUUCUUUUUGGCUUUGAUUUGCGUUGCUUUCAACGUAGAAACAUAUAUACCAUUUGUAAUAACAUCAGGAAUAUACAUGUUCAUGAGAUGUCUCUUAAGAUCAUAUGCAUUAGAUCCUUUAGUUGAAACAUUCAUUGGAAGUUUAGAAGAAAAUCACAGGAAAUUAAGAGUUUCUGUUUGUUUCGGUUUGGAUUUGAAUGUUGGUGAGAAAGCAUAUCUAUUAAUUGUAUUUUGUUUGGCAUGCGCAAGUCAGACAUAUGCUUUUACUCAUCCAUUCCAAUCACGACGUCCAAAUCAACACAAAGUUGUUGAUCCUGAAGUUGCACAGCCGAAAUUAACAUUUGGAGAGAAAUUGUUAAGAAGAAUCAACAUGAAAUCAUUUAUUCAAUACAGUUUCAACAAAGUUGUUUUGUUGAUUGAUGUCAUUGCAUUCUGUAUUGCUUUGUUCUUCUAUUUGAGUUGGACUGUUUCUUCAGAUGCAAUUUCUUUCUUCUCAGGAUCAGCAACAAUUACUUAUGAUUUCGUUUUCUUCUUAAUGGGUAAUUUCAUCUUUGUUUUGCUUAACCAAUGGGUUAUUUUGUCAAAACACAAGUUGUGGUUGUUCACUUUCAACUUCUUAUAUGGUAUCUUCACUUUCAUCUACAUGACUUAUUUGAUACCUGUUUUCACAGAUAAUUCUUGUUUCGAGCAUUCAACAUUUUGGAUUUUCUACUUCUUGAGAAUUCUUUCUGAAAUUAUUUACUCGUGCAACAUCAUGUUUGGUUUCGCUAGAAUGCCUCCUUCACUUGGAAAUCCAAAUGCUUUGUUCACAUACAUCAAACUUCUAACAAUUACAAAGACACCUUUCUUGUUCGAGUUCAUACAAUUAACGAAAUGGCUCGCGUGUACAACAUCAUUGAAUAUGUUCGAUUUCAUGAUUAUCGGACAAUUGAGAUCAAAACUUUCGAAACAAGUCGCUUUGUUAAAGUUAUUCCCAGCGAAUUCGAAGAAGAAACGCCAUACAUUAGGUAUUUUUUUUGUUAUUGGUUUGUUCUGUUUGUUGUUUGUUCCUUUCGUUGUUAUGAUGUCUUCAAGUUCUACAUCAAUUCCAAACGGUGUAAAAGUUGCAACAGUUUCAUUAGGUAUUUAUGGAUUACCUGAACUGUUUACAGGCACUGUUUUACCUGAUGAUACAACGUUGAUGACUGAUUCGAUGCAGAAACACGUCAUGACAAUGAAUGAUAAGACUUUGGAGCCUUUCUUCGCAAACUCAAGAAAGGAAUCACAGUAUUUCACGUAUCCAAGUAUAACUAUGACUAACUGGAUCAUUUCAGAGUCUUCAGCAAGAUUCGCAAUGAAUACAAUCAAGAACACAUCGAAUCCAAUAUUUAUUCCUUAUGUUACAUUUAAGUUUACUGUUCAAACACCAACAACAAAGAAGAAUGUCGACCAAAUAACAAUAACAAAGAACGGUAAACAACUUAAACCUGAAGUAUUGGAAACAUUGUACAAAGCUCUUGAAUGUACAAUGAAUCUUGCAACUCCUGAGAAUUUGUCAUUUUAUUUGGAUGAUUUAGUUCCUUUGUUCUUCAUCAUUCCUUUGGCAAAGGAUGCAAGUGUUGUAUCGAAUUACUACUUCAAUACAACAUUCACAUUCGAACAGUCUACAAAUGGAAACUUCUAUUGGUCAAUCUCUACAAAGAGAACUGCAAAACAACCUGUAGAUGUCCAGGAAGGACCAAUUGGUUCCGUUGUUUUCUCAAAGCCAACUUACGACGCUGUCAUCUCGACUUUGAUGUCGAAGACAGGUGGUGGUUUCUACGGCUUGUACGUCUUCUUCACAUUGAGCUGCGGUAAAAUGGUGAGAAGCUUCAUCAACUCUUUCUUCACUGAUUUGUGGAUUGAUAAGAUGGGUAAGCCAGAAAUCUUCUUGAACGUAAUUUUGGCAAUCGAAGCACAUAGAAAGGCUGGAGAUUUGAAGUCAGAAUAUGCAACUGCUAUGAUGUUGUUGAAUACAAUUAGAUCUGUACACAACUUGGUGAAGAUUGGCGGAACUCUUCCUAUUGAUCAGGAAGAAGCAAUUAAAGGAAGAGGUGCAACCUUCAUCUAA